AUGGCCGGAGGACUAUACGCAAUCGAUAAGGAUUACUUUAACGAAAUGGGGACGUAUGACGAAGAGAUGAAGAUCUGGGGCGGUGAAAAUCUGGAGAUGUCUUUUCGAGUAAGUUUUGCUACUCACAUUCUUCUAGUGCGGCAAUCACAUACGAAAGAUAGAUAUGGCAAUGCGGCGGAAAAGUGGAAAUCUUACCGUGCUCUCAUGUGGGACACGAAGGUGUCACCGCAUGACUUCCCGCCAGAAGGAUCGUCGUCUAUUCUGAACACAAACCUGGUCAGAGUGGCUGAGGUGUGGCUGGAUGAAUGGAAGCAUUUCUUCUACCGGUUCUCUCCAGUAAAGGCAGAGAUCGCACGGUCCGUCAAUUGCUCCGCCCGCAUCGAACUACGGCGACGACUGGGUUGUCAUUCCUUUGCCUGGUACCUGGACAACGUUUGGCCUGAACACUUCUUACCCAGAAAUGAAAUAUUCUUCGGUAGGGUAGGUUAAUU